GCAUCUUAGUUCUCACAAAGGGAACGUGCAUGUAAGUAACAGUUACCUGAGCUCAGCAACGGGAGUAUAAGGAGAAAGUCAGAAAGCCUGAAGUCAAUGAGCAUGGAGCCAAAGACACAACAGGCUGAUGAGACCAUGAAGACUCAGUCCAAACAAACAGCUGCAGCUUCAAGAGGUCCAAAAAUGAUUAAAACAAAAGUCGUGGGCAAGAUCAAGUGGUUCAGUGAGAAGGACGGUUACGGCUUCAUCACACGGCGAGACAAGGCGGAGGAUGUUUUUUUCCACUACACCGCCAUCAACAAGAAUGCUGACGGACAAAUCUGCAUUGUUAAAGAAGAACAGAAGGUCCAAUUUGACAUUGUGGAAGGAAGGAAAGGACCAAUGGCUGUAAAUAUCACCAGCCGAGGAGGACUCCCCAUCCAGGGCAGUAAGUACACGCCCCCCGCCCCCCCCUUCUCGUAUGAGUGAGAUG